AUGCCUCGAGGGAAAACGGUCAAGGGAGCGGUGCAGCAGCCCGCUGGUGGCAGCGGGGGCAUUGAAUCACUGCCUGAUGGAAUCCUUGAACACAUCCUUGGCUUCUUGCCGUCUGCGGAGGCCGUCCGCACUAGCGUGCUCGCCCGCAGAGGUGGCGCCUGUGUGUGGGGUGCUGCGACCCAGAUCAACAGAGGCUCGCCCCUUGAGAAAUGUUAUUUCACCUUCGAUGCUGAGCUCAUCAGCGAUGAUGAUGUGUCCCACGUAAACCUCUGGUUUCGGCAUGUUGUGACAUGCAAAGUUCAUGUUCUCAGCCUCUUUAUAUUUGGACGUAGUUCUGGUGAGCCCAGGCUUGAACUAGACAACCUGCCUCUCAUAUCCCAGCACCUGAGGAGGCUGGAGCUCACUACUGUACAGGUCCACAACAGUUUGCUUAACUUUUCAAACUGUCCAGCCUUGGAUCAUCUAAAGAUUGUGGAUUGUAAGUUGUCAUCGGUCAACAAGAUUGUGUUCGAGUCCCUGAAACAUCUUUGUAUCGAUUUGUCCGUAGGCAGCUGUGAUUCUCGCAUCUGCAUUUACACCCCAAAUGUUGCCUCACUGCGCCUUGAGCGUUUUGAGGGGAGGACUCCAAUUCUUGAGGGGAUGCCCUCACUACUGGAGGCAUCUGUCAAAAUAACACACUCUUGUAGGGACUACUGCACUAAUGCAAAUUUUUUUGGGACUUGUGAUUGUGGAUCUUGUGAUAGUUCUGAUAGCGCAGCCAAUGGCAGUAUCAACUGCGUGCUUCUAAGAUGUUUAUCGGAGGCUAAUAGCUUGGCGUUAAAAUCUGAUUAUGGCAUGUUUAUUUUUAAAAGAGAUUUGAGAUGGUGCCCUGUGUUUACAAAUCUAAAGACCUUGUUGUUGAAUGGCUACUGGUAUGUGCCUGAUGACUUCCGUGAACUAGCGUGUAUUCUUGAACACUCACCUGUUCUAGAGAAGCUCACUUUUGAACUUCACGAGUGGUUUGGAUAUAAAGAGUAA